AUGGUGGCCGUGCGACUUGGGAAGGCGAUGAAUAAGGCGGAGAGCGCAAUCGUGAUGGUAGUUGGCCCCCCGGGGUCAGGGAAGACGUAUCUCGUCAAUGCCGCCGUGGAGAUGUUAAUCGAAAAUGAUACCGAGGACAUGCCGUAUCCACCAGACUUAGAAUCUGAGGAGGAGGGUCUGAGGGGGGAACGCAUACAGGACAUCCCCUCCGACGCGGGGAGUGUCAGCGACAUGCCCUGGACUGUCAGGCUUGUAUUGCUGGAAGCCUACAACUACCGCGACGAGAUGAAGUGCCUGAAGCACCUGGCCUUGCUCAUAGAGAAGAUUGCGGGAGUGAACACCUCCCGCUGCGGAAAGCCGCGCCUCCUGGAAGUCCAGCAGCGCGUGAUACGCUGCUUGAAGCAGCUGAGGAAGGCCCAUAUCUUUGUGGUCAUCGUGAUAGAGGGGGUGGACGUGUUCACCAAGGGCAAAAACGACUGCAGCGUGAAAACGGGUACAUGCUACCGCAGGCAGGGCCUGCUCUACUUCCUCGGCAGCCUGUUAGACUCUGAGGAGCUAGCGUUCGCUAUGGUCGGCAUCACGCCAGACAUACGGACGGUGGAUAGGCUUGAGAAGCGCGUGAGAUCAAGGUUCAUGCACUAUACUGUCUACUGCGACCGAAGCAACGAUUACGAUGAGGUGAUGGCGCCGGGCAGGCUGUCGUUGUUGGGGGACCGCGCCGUGCUGACCCUAGACAGCGAAUCCAAGCAAUACCUCGGAGAGAAUAUGUUAUGUGGGGGAAGCGCAACCAGCGCCAUCGCCGCCGCAUGUGCGCAGCUGCCGGACGAUGCGUUCACAAAGCAGGAAGACGGGCAACUUUGCAUAUCCGCCGAGGCGGUUUCGGCCGUUUUUCGCGAUUCCGGGAACACACGAUGGUUCGAGGAGAUCGUUUGGCAGCUCUCGGUGGCCGACCACUACGUGUUGGUGGCGCUCGCCCGGCUGCACGCGCUGGGCAUCGUGCCGGUGACCCUCAUGGACGUGGAGCGGGAUCUGAAGGAUCUGGCGGCAUAUUAUCCGAGUGAGAAGGAAGCCAUCCCACGCUUCCAGGGGCUGGCACGCGUGUUCAUUAACCUAGUCGCCAUGGGAGUGGUUGACUGGGUGCGCUUAGGCGUCAAUCGGUGGGGAUUCGCAGACUCCGGCGCCGGAAUUUGCGACCCGCAAGGGGCGAACGCGCCCUGUCGAUUCACCUACUACAAGACGCCCCAGAUAUCUCAAGCUAGACCACAACAAGUUGUUGCCCACACAUCUUGCGGGCUGGCUGUCCUUGGCGACGCGGACACUCAGGUGACCUUCGUCGGCCGGCGUCGGGAACGCUACACAGGGCACAAGACACAUCUUCCGGAAGAAUGUCCGCAAACUGCCACUAAAGGCAUCGCCUUAUUUUAUCGCAACUUUUGA